AUGGGAAGGGAGCAAGUUUUUCUUACCAGAAUUCUCUUCCUCCUCUUGGUGGCGUUCGAAGCCACAGGGCUUCGCCUGAAGCUCAUCCCUUGGGACUCCCCUGAUUCGCCUUUGUACCGUGAAAAUCUCGCCCCGCUUCAAAAUUAUCAAACAACCAACACCUCUUUACACCAACUAAAAACCGCUGAUCAUCCAAAUUCUGCAACGAAAUUGGACGUGAUUCGAUUUCCAUUAGAGCACCAACAAAACUACCACUACUCAGUGAGUGUUAAAAUUGGCCCUUCAGGCACUGAGCAGAAACUGCUAGUUGACACUGGCGGCAGCUACAUGUGGGGUCAAUGCUCUUGGAUAUUCACACCGUUAUCAUCCAAGAUCAACACAUACAAAAAACUGCCAUGUAACCAUCGACUUUGCGAUAGGCAGCUUUGCAAAUGCGUCAAAAAACAGUGUGUUUGCACCAUUGCCUAUGGAACAAAAGGUUACAAGUAUAGAGUAGAAGGUUUUAUUGGUAAAAUCCAAAUACCUGGUUCUGAUGAAAUAUCGAAAAACGAUAUUGUUUUCGGUUGCUCAACUCAGCAACCACUCAAUCUCUCUGGAAUCCUAGGAUUGGACAGAUCACCAGUUUCUCUAGUAAGCCAGCUGAGGAAAAAAAUUGGAGGGCGGUUUUCUUACUGCCUGCACUCGGGAGAUAGUUAUCUAACAUUAGGGAAAGAUAUUUCAGAUAGCGGGAAAAAAGUAAAAAUUACCCCUUUUAUAUACACUGAUUAUUCGACCUAUUUCUUGGAUUUAUUAGACAUAAGUGUCAACGGGCGGAAACUGGGACUGUCUCCAACUCUGUUUUCACUAAAAAACGGGGGUGUUUAUAUGGGCACGGGGGUCCGUUAUACCAUCCUUCCUAAACGAGCAUAUGAUAAGGUGAACCGAGCGUAUCAAGAUUACUUCAAAGGCAAACUGAAAAAGAUUGGCGGGGAAUACUGGGAUUUGAAAUCUUGCUAUACGCUGAAACCUGGUUACGACGACUUUCCUACCAUGACUUUUCAUUUUGAAGGGGCGGACUUUGAAGCAGAGUAUACGCAUGCAGUAGACAGGAAUAUAGGUGUUGCAUGCACAGCAGUGGCAUUGGGGAAAACGACCGUAAUUGGGGCACUACAGCAAUGGAACACCAAGUUUAUCUUUGAUAUCAAUCAGAAUGUGCUCAAGUUUUACAAGGAUAAUUGCGCUGGUUAA